AUGAUCCCCAUUCAAAAUCCCGAUUCGGGUCUUCCCCAGGUACUCGCCGCACCAAAUACGUUCGUUCGAACCGGACAGCCCAGGACACCUGCUGUCAACAUGUUGGCGUGUCGGCUGACAUCCGCGGCACUGAUCUUCGCUGCUGGCGAUAUUGCUUCGCCACAGCUGACGACCCCUCAACGGGAAGGGAACGAUCCCGAUCGAAAUAUCAUUAAUUACCAGUUCGCCUUGAGCGCCAUUCCCUUGGAUUUUCCCAGCACAAGAGAGGAUAAAGCGAUGGCCAAGUCGAGGUAUAUGUACGGCUGCUCGACCUCUGAAGGCUCCUUCGGCGCCGCUCUAGGGCGAGCAGUCAAGAUUGAUUGUCUCGUCAAGAUCGACGCGGAGAAGCUAAUCAGGCAAGGCAAAAAGGAUCCAACUUUACAACCAAUAAAUGGAUGCGUUGACUCCAGGUCCGUGAAAGAAAUCCUCGCCUCGAAAGAUGAAAAUGACCCCAUUUCAGUCUUCCAAUUGCCAGCAGGAUGGUACGCUCAGGAGCCACGCUUCGUCCCCCGACACCAUUCUGCUCGCGAGGAUGACGGUUGGCUAUUGACAUACGUCAUUGAUGAAUCCCAGCUUGAUUCUCAAGGCACAUGCCGGCCCGACGCUGUGAGCGAGCUGUGGAUCAUCAACGGUAUCGACAUGAAGACAGUUGUGGCUCGCGUAUACCUGACACCGCGCGUGAGCUAUGGGCUUCACGGCAGCUUUUUUGCCGAGGAUCAAGUCAAAUCUCAGCGACCGGCCGAGACGAUUCGCGGGAUCAAGCGAAGUACCCAGAGAGUACGACACGCUAGCUGGUGGCAACCUGUCAGAGAAUGGCUUGAAAAGCGUAUUGGAUGA